AGAAGAUUCGAUGCCCUACAGAGCUGUAGCGCCAUGUCUUAGACAUUACAAGAAUGAACUGAGAAAGGACUUUUUCGGUGAAGAGCCCGGGUUGAUAGGAGUGUAAGUAACAUGAAUCUGAAUUGGCUACAAGAGACUGUCUGCUACUGAUGUUGCCGCGUACAUUAUAGAUAGUGUAGUGCGUUAAAGACAGAUAGUAAGUUGGUUAUCUCCGCAGGCACGGAGAGCCGUGGUCCCGGUUCCGGUCGAAGGUGGCGAAAGCGCUGGCGGCGCCGGAAGCCGCCCGGGCCGCGGUGCCGGCUCUGGAUUACGUAGCCGACGACUUUGUCAAAAGAAUGGAAUGCCUCGUCGAUGAAAACAGAGAGCUACCUACAGACUUCCUUAGCGAAUUGUACCAAUGGGCGCUUGAAUCGGUCGGAGCCUGGGCUUUAGGCACAAGGCUAGGGUGUCUCAGCGACGAUGACAAAGAAGCAAAAGAAAUAAUAAGAUGCAUACACGGAUUCUUUCACAGCGUUCCUAUCUUAGAACUAUCCGCCCCAGUAUGGCGAUUAUACUCUACCCCGGCUUAUAAAACUUAUGUUGAAGCAUUGGACGCCUUUCGGUCACUCUGCUUGAAAAGACUGACUGACAAAGGCGUAUGUGCUCAAGUAGCGGCGAAAUGUGGUGAAAAGGUAGCAACAAUUUUAGCAUUGGAUUUGUUAUUGGUUGGCGUAGACACGACGGCGGCAGCGGCUGCCAGUACCAUGUAUCUUUUGGCGAAUAACUCCAGAAGCCAGAAACGACUGCAAGACGAAUUGGAUACAAAUCUACCGACGGACAGAGUUCUAACGAGCAAAGACUUGGACCGACUUCCGUAUCUCCGAGCGUGUAUUAAGGAAGCUUUGCGAAUCAAACCCGUAAUAUUGGGCAACGGUCGGUGUAUACAGUCGGACGCCGUAAUCUCUGGAUACCAAGUGCCUAAAGGGUGUCACGUCGUUUUUCCGCAUUAUAUCAUGUCGAACGAAGAGCGGUACUUCCCGUCGCCACAGGAAUACGUUCCAGAACGGUGGCUGAGAGAUGACGUCACAGACAAAAGCAACGCGAGUAUCGACCUACGGUGUCCUGUCACGGGAACUGGCGAUGAAAGUGGGAAGCCAGUGUGCGAACACGAAAAGGCUCAUAAAGUGUGGAGCAAGCAGAAAGAAGUCGGGAUACAUCCUUUUGCGUCUCUGCCAUUCGGUUUCGGUCGACGGAUGUGCAUCGGUAAACGAUUUGCAGAAGCUGAAUUGCAGUUAUUAUUGGCAAAGACUUUUCACCGCUACGAAGUGUCAUGGCGCUACGGAGAGCUGACGUACAGCGUGACUCCAACUUAUGUGCCUAACGAGCCACUUCAGUUCACUCUUAGUCCCAGAAAAGAGCCGCUUAGAGAGUAGAUUAUCUUUCUUUUAAGCAGCAUAUCGCUGAAUGUUUCUCCACAAACGUUUCAAGGUUGUACCGUGUCUGUCCCAUGUAUUACUAAUAAGUAAGUACCUAGUUUUAGUGACGUUUUAAUGAGGCUAUAGCAUAAGUAAGUUUAUGAAAAUAAUCCCAAUCUUAUAAUCCUAAGGCACAAAUUUAUGUUUAAGCCACCUGACUGGAUUUCGAAUGACCUAAAAUGUUGCAUUAGUAAUAGACACCGAUUGAAUGGAGGUUUUGUUAUAGAAAUAGAAUCUAGAAUGUAUCACAUUAAAUAAUAAAAUAAAUUAGUACCUAACCCUACGAAAUGGAGCUGGCAUCAAGCUUAUAAAUAAAAUCAAUACUACACACGAGUGUGCACGAGUGAAUAUACUCGGUUAUGGAUAUAGGCAGUAUGUAGAAGUACAUUAGUCAGUUUAUCUAAAUCGAUGAUUCACUGUUUCAUUAAAAGCUGAUAAGCCGGCCGAUACUCUCGUUUAUCGAUUGCCGGGUAGAAUAAUAAUUGAAUAAGCUUACUAUGUAUAUUAAAAUAUGUGACUGAUGUUUUUAUUGUACAAUAAAUGUGUUUUGUCCUAAUUGAAUUAGGUGUGUUGAUAUUAUAUGUAUUGUGUACGUCUUUUACAACACACUGCGAAGAGUAACAACUAUUAUU